GGUGCACAUCAAUGGCAGGAGGAGGAACCGGACUUGCUGUGCGCGUGUGGAAAGAAUGGGGGAUCCAGAUCUUGGUUGUCGCCAGCUUCCUGCUUCAGCUCGUCCUCAUGGUGGGCGGUGAGCUCCGGCGGCGCAGCUCCUCUGCCGUGCUGCUGGCCUUCCUCUGGAUGUCGUACCUGAUGGCUGAUAACAUUGCGGUAUACGCCCUUGGCCACAUGUCCAUUGAGAGCAGGCUGCGCGAUGGCGAGCUUGUGGCGUUCUGGGCAACCUUCUUUCUACUCCACCUGGGUGGCCAGGACACCAUCACUGCCCUCUCCCUAGAGGACAACCAACUAUGGAGGCGCCACCUGCUGACUCUCCUAGUGCAGGCAUCGGGAGCCGGCUAUGCCAUCUACCGCUACACCCUAUCUGGUACCUGGACCUUGGUCUCAGCCACCAUAGUGAUGUUCAUAGUGGGUUUCGCCAAGUAUGGUGAGAGGGUGUGGGCUCUCCAAAGAGGCAACAAUGAAGCUUUUGAUUGGGAACGGAACCAUGACAACACUCAAGAACGGGCUAACAUGUUGAAGACCAGAGCUAAGAUGGAUACAGAGGAGGUGAUUCAACUAUACUCUCAUUACAUGUUCUAUUUUUGCAAGGGCGCAUUUUUCAAUGUGAACCGGGAAAUUCGGUUCAGCACCACACUUAGCCAAUAUUUCAGAAACGUGAGUCUGCCUUAUAAGUGUGACAUUGGCAUGUAUGACCUGGUCGAGGCGGAGCUCUCGCUUUUGUAUGACCAGUUUUACACCAAGGCGCAAGUGGUCCACACUUGGCAGGGCUGCUUGAUCCGUGCCAUCUCACUAAUUGGCACGGCGAGCACACUCUUGUUGUUCCUUCUUGACGACGGUAAAGGUGCUUACAGCACAGUUGAUGUCUCCAUCACUUACCUGUUAUUGGUUGGGGCCAUCAUCCUGGAAACCAUGUCAGUGUUUACACUUGCAAGAUCGAGAUGGACCUGUGAGUACUUGCGUCAUCUGGGAUGGAACCGAGCUGUUGCUAUGGUUAUGUGCCUUCGUCGGCUUUUCAGGGUGGGAAGACAAAGAAAAUGGUUGCACUCCAUUGGGCAACACAAUGUGUUUGAUUACUGUGCCCGUCACCAAACCAUGAAGUGUAGAAACAUGAUCGUCGAGGCAGCGGUACCUAAGAAGUGGUGGAGAAAGGUGAAUUUCUCAGGCAAUACGAAGAUCACGGUCGAGUUCAAGGAGCUAGUGUUGGCACGGAUACUGAGAACAAUGACUGAUUAUUCCGAGACCUGGAGCAUCUGGGACGCACAGGGCAGAGCGGUGCUUACUGAAUACGGAAUCUUGGAUGAUUUCCGGCUUUAUAUCGAGGGCGGUGAUUUCGCCCGGUACAUUCUCAACUGGCAUGUUGCAACUGACAUUUACUUUUACUUCUGCAAUGACCAGCAGCAACAAAGUAGGAGUGUCAACACUGAAGAGGAUGAUAAACCCCUUGUUGAGGCAAUAAAGGUACUAUCUAACUACAUGGCGUUUUUAAUGAUACAUGUAAGCUUACUUCCCGGUGGAGUUCCACACAAUUAUAGUGUUGAUGAUUAUUUGGACACCAUGUGGGUCCAAAAAAAAGGCCAUACUAGCAAGGCUAUUGCUAGGUUAUUGGUUGAGGAUAAGAUUGAUGACCCUAGGUCCGGUCGCUGCGCAUCUCUUGCUCGUGAGCUUCUUGGAAACAAGAGGGAUGUGCCGAUGCUGCAAGUCAUCUUCGGGGUGUGGGUGGAGUUCCUGUGCCAUGCAGCCCACCACAGCACCGAUACUUCCCACCUCACACAACUUGGCAGGGGCGGUGAGUUCCUCACUGCUAUCCGCCUUGUCAUAGAUCACAUCGAGCUAUUUCAAAGGUAUAAAGACAACAAAAAUUGGCGACUACGUACAGCGAUAGGAGAUGUAAUUUAUAAUUUACGAGCCGGGAAUGCAGCUCUGUUUUUGUGA